UCAUCCUGGAGGAGUGACCCCCGCUAAAAUCGACUCCUUCCUUCUCUGUAUUUGCUUACAUGGCGUGCUUCUAAUGGUCCGCUGACUGUGCCGCGUGCUUUUUGAUGUGGAGCAGCUGAUCUGAAGCCUUAAAAAAUCCCCGCGGAGGCCUUCCGUCCGUCCUUCCUCGGUUUUCAAAUUGGGACCCUAGACUUGGAUUUCGCUCGUCUCCCCUUGGAGAGUGGAGACCAGGUCUAUUACAUUGAUAUCGCGUUGAAUUCUUGGCUCCUGGAGCCGAUUCUAGCUCUAGAUCUGGGCAUUUACUGCGGGAAUUUUGGUAUCUGGAGCCCAUCUCCUUGAUUGAAUUGUUUCUUCCAAGAUGAACAAUCUUCUCACGGACUCCUUUGAGCUCCCUUGAGUUGAAGCUUCAAGACAUGGAGAUAUUGAAUUAGGAAUCCAGGUUCCAACAAAUUCGGGAGAACUGGUGUUGGGAAACUUCUUCCAACAGAUAACUAUGGCUUAUUUUUGGUUACAUGAGAGAUGACUACUGUCAAUUAUUCUUUUGACAAAUUAUGUGUACAUAUGUGACUGUCUCAGACAUUAAUAAGCAGUUCAAGAGAUCGAGAAGCAAAUUGAGACGCUAUCAAAACUACUGAAGAAGCUUCAGGAUGCUAAUGAGGAGUUUAAAGCUGUUACCAAGGCAGCUGCCAUGAAAGCCAUCAAGAAGCGCAUGGAGAAAGAUAUUGAUGAAGUUGGGAAAAUUGCACGCCUAGCAAAAUCAAAACUUGAAGAACUAGACAGAGAGAAUUUAGCUAACAGACAGAAGCCUGGAUGUGGAAAGGGAUCAGGCGUAGAUCGAUCUAGAACUGCAACUACCAUUGCAUUGAAAAAGAGGUUGAAAGAACGGAUGUCUGACUUUCAGGCUCUGAGAGAAACAAUCCAGCAGGAAUACCGGGAGGUUGUUGAGAGAAGGGCUUUUACAGUAACAUGCAAUCAUGCUGAUGAGGAGACAAUUGACCGAUGGAUAGAAACUGGAAACGGCGAGCAAAUUUUUCAGAGAGCAAUUCAGGAGCAAGGACGUGGCCAGAUUUUCCUCGACAUGGCAGUAUUGGUUGAGGCACAAGGUGACAUUUUGGAUAACAUUGAAUCCCAGGUUUCAAGUGCGAUCGACCAUGUCCAGUCUGGAGCAACUGCUCUACAGAGAGCAAAGAAGCUACAGAAAAACUCCCGUAAAUGGAUAUGCAUAGCUAUAUUAAUCCUUCUCAUAAUUGUCAUCAUUAUAAUUGUAACUGUAAUUAAACCAUGGUCAAAAAGCUAGUAGUGUUUCAGGAUUAGACUUCAUAUAUACAUGUAUAUAUUGUCUCUUAAAUGUAUCUUCUCUUGCGAGUUUAAUGACCCAUUUAUAUUCA